ACGAGAAGUUCUCCGAGAAUUGUAUAGGAGUACAAAAUGGAUGAGACACUCAAGUUGGACUUAACCCAUUUCCAUUAUCGUUAACUAUGGUCGUACACAGCCCGAAAGAAAAGUUCAUCAGCCACCCAGAUUGCUAUUAUCAACCCACUAGAGUUCCUUUGUUUAUCUCCCCACGGAAAUAGAGUCAAGCCUGAUGCGGAAUUUGACCAUCACCGCUCAACGGCUCUUCCACCGAUACGCGCUCAAUCAAGGUAACGUUAUAUUUAGAUCAUUGAUGCGAGGUGACACCUUGAUACCGACCUACAGGGACCCGCAAAGACACGUCUAAGCAUGGAUUCCUCGAUCGCGAUUGAGAUGAUAUAGAUAACACACGAACGAACGAGCCGGCGGGGAAUCGAGGCUGUGGUCUACUAUAUCUCUAAGAUACAGAUAGCCUACUUUCCGUGAUGAGCAAACGACAGUAUUCCCACUCGACGAAUUCGCUUUUGCAGUGUUCCAAACGAUGCUAUGCUACAUGCAUCAUCUCCUCAAACACGACAAACGGUCUCUCGCGCACUGAUAUAUAUCUCUUCAGGUCGCCACAGAUAAACAAGUAGAGAACACAUCACUGGAAUGUGCGACAAGCGCGGAGGAUUUUUGAAGUUGUUAUCCGUCUUUGUCCACCUGACGCCGGCGUAUUGAGUGGCAGUAGCGAAGAUAGUAUAGCAAUUGGCCAGUCGGUUCUUGAAGUAUCGGAACCGGAGUAACUGCGAUCAGUAAUAGACUGUAGCUCCUAUGGGAUAAGACUUGAAUCCCCGCCAGAUAUCAAGGUGAAUAGCCUUCGGAGGUGGGAAACAAGAGGCGGAGGGCGUGGAAGGUGCAUGUACCGCCGUAGUCGCCAACCAAUGUGUCCUGUCAAACGUGAAGCGAGAGGUGGACCACACCUGGAAGCAGUCUCCGACUGACUCAAAGCUAGUGAUGCGUUAUACACGGUUCCAACGUCGUAUGAAAGAUAGCAGUGAUAAUAUAAAUCUGAACCUUAUACUCGCGAGUGAGGAUUGCAAGGAAUACAAGAUUACGUCGACACGCAUCGGAUUAAAUCGCAAGGGCGAAUUGGUCGAGUCAACGACAGCUGGAAGCGCCCUAGCGAAUGUGGGGGCACGCGUUGCCACCAUUCCUCCCCUUUUGGUUUCUUACGAGAGAGCCAAUUACAUCGUUCCACUCAACGUUUUAUUCCGGGGAUCGACAACGGGUGCCUCGGAUAUUGAGGACAUCACCGCAUCUACUUCGAAUCCUACUAGCACGUUUAUGCAGCUCGAAACAUAAUCUGAGCAUUUGGUAUGGCUUGUGCAGUCGUGGCAGGGUAGUCGUAUCGAAGGCCAGCUCGGAAUCACUGCAAACGAAGCACUUCGGAUCUCAUGUCUACGGCAUUCACCUCCGAGAAUUGUAGCGGCGCAGACAUCGCACAUACGGAGGAAACACCAUGUCCGCCAUUGACCGUAGGCAUCGCGUUUGAACUCGGCGAUGGGCGAGGAGCGAUGCCUGUACACUGGCAGAAUUUCCUUCAAAGUACCAAAGGAAAGGACCACGAAUGAACUGACCGCGGCACAUUUGCUCGGAAUACAGAGUUUGGAAGAGCUACCGCACCGGAGAGAGAAAUCUCCGCGCGCGAAGAAGGUACAAAGCAUCUGUUCGGUAUGCCCAUCUUCAGAACUUCGUUACAUAGACGCGGUACACUAACGCGGGGAAUGCCGUAUACACCAUAUGCAUAGUUCUGCACAUCUCUUUCGCUAUACAGUUAGAAAGAUCACUGCCCACAUUCGUCCCGAAAUCACUGAAAAGAAAGGAGCAAGGUCGGAGAUGCCCACUAUGGUACAAGCAGGGGCUGUGACCAAGGCCGAACGCUACCGGAUGCAAAGGCAAGGAAGCAGCAAGGAGAGGCACAUAACUGGGUUUCUCGGCGCUCCGAAGACGAAUGUGAGUCGGCCUCAAGCCUCCGUAAAGCAGAUGAUUCUGGGUAACAGCCAUGUCGGAGAGACGGCAUUAAACAUCCUUCAUUGUAGGGCCGCACUCUAGAUAAGGCGCAGUGCAGUGAAGUCCGCAGCAGGUGCAAGCCCUUGUCUAAUAUGAAACAAUUCCUGAGCUGUCAAAUAUGAGGUCCACAAAUGCGUAUGAAUCGCAAGCGAGCAUCUCUCCUACCCGUUCGGAACGGAUCGAGUGUAGCUCAUAGACGCAGCUGCACAGACCAUAAGUCUUCUUAUACGAUCUUGCAGUUUGAUGGGUUAGGUAGAACCGACAAGCUUUGCCGUAUAAUACUGUUGUCUUCUGAAUGAAGAUGUUAGUUAUGACGCGAUUUUCCCUCUCAAAUUUGGGGCCGGCCUCUUCUGUCGUCGUACGCUCUCCACAAAUCGCUCACCUUUCCGGCCCGAUACACCUUAUUCUGCUCUUACAGGACUGACAGUGCCGGUACUAACCUAGACAAGCGAUAGUCAAGCCACAAUGUUGUCGUACACGCAACACACUCCAGCCUAUUUCGCUACAUAUGUACAGAUGAAUACACAGUCUGCUACCGACCGGUAUUUUAACAAAAUAUAAAUAUUCGUAUCUGAUGAGUGAUUCAUAGUAAGCCGCGUCUCUGGUCAGAUUACAAAGUAGCGUUUCGGCGUGCGUCUGCAUGCAUAUUCCAAUUUGCAUGCCCGAGAGAGCCACGGAAGACUUUCCCUGGCACAUUUGUGGUUGUGAUACGGUCAGACGCUGGCCCUGGCAGAUGAGACUAGCGACGUCAUGUCGCUCGGGAUGCAAAGCGACGAAGUGACAGCGACCGACCCGGUAACGUCGGAUGAGCAAUCGCAAAAUUGGAUUUUUGUCAGAGCAGUAGAAAAUUGAUGACAGACACAGUGAAAGAGGGCCGUAACAAGGCCAGGCGCAUGCGUGUCACUUCGGCACGAUUUCAACAGAAG